AAAAUUUGUACUUAACAAGCGAUUCAGCAGACGACGACGGUGUCCCGUAGUUAUCGAGUAGAAAGUUUUUUCCGUUUUCCGGCCGAAAAAGGGCCCUGACGGUAUCGAAAAGUGCGUCAAAGGCGAGUUGAAUGUGUCCGGCGUUCGGAACCGGUGCCGGACAAGAUGCAGAAUGCGGAACAAUCCGGAGUUAAGAACCGGGAGUUAAAAUCUAGAAGCAGUGUGAAGAAAUCUUCACUUUUGAUGAAUCAAUCGAAUAAUUCGAAGGCCCUGCAUAAGCAAGAAAAAAAGCAGCAGCCGUCUUCGUCAUCCAGUGGUAGUGGUGGUAUUGGUAGCGUAAGUGGUAGUAGUAAUAAUAGUGGUAGUGUUAGUGCAGCUGGUGGUAGCAAUAAUCAGCAUCAGCGUAGUGGUAACGGCAAUCAAGUAGGCAGUGGAGGAACAACUGCGACUACGACCGCGGCCAAAGGGAAUACCAACAACAAUAAUAAUCUGAAACAGCAGCAGAAUAGUUCGUGUCGUGUUCAACCGGAAGUCGGAUUAGCAGCGGCUACAAUUGCAGGAAGUCGUGAAACGGCUAAUAAUGCGAAGAAAAUGUCCACAGCCGCUAGUAAUAACAAUUCCGGUUCGACGGCUUCGGUCCCCGAAUCUGGUGCAGCUGGAGGAACGGCAGCAGGGCGGAGACAAUCCUGCAGCCAGCAGUCGUCUCCGGUUAAGUCUGACACGGAAACAACCUUAUCCGAGUUCCAGCCCCGUGUUUCAGAUUCGUCGGAAUCGGACGAAGAAUCGGUAUCCGAGAUUCUACUGGCUUGUCUCUGUCUAAGGCCAGAUUUGUUGGUCGACUCAUUCUCCCUAGAUCAGCAAUCAAUCGAAAUUCCUGAAACGGAAUGCUCCGACAGUUGCGAGAACGACGUCGACAUGGACGAGGAAGAGUCCGACAGUUGCGACAACGACGGCGACGAUAAUGAGGAUUCCGAAGAAGACGAGGAAGACGAUGAUGAAAUUCAUAGCACCGUUGUGACGGGGAGGUUCCUCCUUGAGAACGAUGACGAUAUUGAUCACGAUGGAGACAGCGUUGGCACCGGUGCUGGAGGUAUUGGUGGUGCGAAUGCCGUUGGAGGUGUUUCUUCGCACGAUAAGAAAAGCCGACUGGAGGCGUUGCUGGAAGCUGCUGAUGAAGCGGCCCAGGCACUUACCCGUAUGCGAUCGAGUGAAGGCGGAGGAAGUCCAUAGAGAUAAGAAGUAAAAAAUGCUCUUCGUAAUUUCAGCUUGCUCUCGCGCUCGCUGCUAAGCGCCUGCACGGAUAACGACGUCAACACUGUCCGGCGGCUACUGGGCGAAGGGACUUCGCUGAAUGAGGCCACCGAUGACGGGGACUCGCUACUAUCGCUGGCCUGCUCCGCGGGAUAUUACGAGCUGGCACAGGUAUUGCUCGCUAUGUCCGCCCAGGUUGAAGAUCGAGGGCAAAAGAACGAUUGCACUCCUCUGAUGGAAGCGGCCUCAGCUGGUCACGUGGACAUAAUCGAGCUGCUCCUGAAUCAUGGUGCCGAAGUUAAUGCCCAAUCGUCAACCGGCAAUACUCCGCUAAUGUAUGCCUGCGCCGGGGGACACGAGGAUGCGGUGAGAGUACUGUUGAAGCAUAACGCCAACGUCGAAGAUCACAACGAAAACGCGUCACUUCCACUUAUGGAGGCAGCUUCGGCCGGACAUGUUGGUGUGGCCAAGAUUUUGCUGAAGCAUGGAGAGCCGGUAUUAAACACGCAUUCGAACGAGUUCAAAGAAAGCGCACUGACCUUGGCCUGCUACAAGGGUCAUCUGGACAUGGUUCGAUACCUCCUGGAGGCUGGUGCUGAUCAAAGAGCAAAAACUGAUGAAAUGCAUACAGCACUGAUGGAAGCAUCGAUGGAUGGCCACGUGGAAGUAGCACGACUGUUGCUGGAUUCCGGGGCGCAGGUCAACAUGCCAACUGAUUCAUUCGAAUCCCCACUUACGCUGGCGGCAUGCGGUGGUCAUGUCGAUUUGGCCAUGCUUCUCAUUGAACGUGGAGCGAAUAUUGAAGAAGUCAACGACGAAGGCUACACACCUUUGAUGGAAGCUGCUAGGGAGGGACACGAAGAAAUGGUAGCAUUACUAUUACAACAAGGGUAAACGGUAAUAGCCCAAACCGAGGAAACUCAAGAAACUGCCCUGACCCUCGCGUGUUGUGGAGGAUUCGUGGAAGUCGCUGAUAAUCUGAUCAAACACGGUGCCGACAUCGAAUUGGGAGCAUCUACUCCCUCUUGGAGGGCAGCACAGGAAGGCCACAUAGAUUUGGUACGUUUUCUGUUAGAAAACCGAGCCGAUGUGCAUGCCCAAACGCAAACUGGAGACACUGCCUUGACGUAUGCGUGCGAAAAUGGCCAUAAUACCGAAGUUGCUGACAUUCUUUUGUACUACGCGGCAGAGCUGGAACACGAAUCGGAAGGUGGGCGAACUCCGUUGAUGAAGGCUUGUCGGGCAGGUCACUGGUGUAUUGUCAAGUUCCUCAUUGAAAAAGGUGCGGAUGUCAAUCGGCACACACGACUAACAAUGAUCACUACGCCGCUUUCUUUGGCAUGUGCUGGCGGACAUCAGAACAUUGUGGAACUACUCCUCAAAAACGGAGCUGAUCCAUUUCACAAACUGAAAGACAACAGCACUAUGUUGAUAGAGGCUGCUAAGGGUGGCCAUAUAGGUGUUGUGCAACUCCUGCUAGAUUUCCCUCAUUCGUUGAUAAGUGCAAACACUGCAGCUCAGCAAAAUCUUCUGAACAAUGGCCAAAUUCAACUUCAGGCACAGCAGCAACUACAACAACAACAAGUUGCUCAGCAGCAGCAGCAGUUGAUCAUAGCCCAAAAUCAGCAGCAGCAACAACAGCUUCUAGCUGCCCCACCUGGUUUACAUGAAGUUCCCGAAUCAAUUCGUGUGACUAACAAGCAACUGUUCCAGCAACAUCCCUCAAAAGAAGUCGCACUUGAAGGACAACAACAGCAAAUACUAGCCAAUAAUAACGAUAUGCUCGCCAAUCAGAAUGUUUAUCUCGAUGGUGGCAACUAUACAUCCACUGAUCCCUCAAUUCUCGCCCAAAUGCGACUGAUCCAAAUGCAAAGCUUUAAGGAAGGAUUAGCUCACGGCCUCUCGUGGGUUCCCGAUAGCAAAAUGACAACGUCCUAUCUGCAGCAGAAACAAACCAUCCUCUCGCAGCAAUGUCUACUAAUCUGGCUACAACGGCUGCUUUCACAUCAACAACAACAACAACAACAGCAGCAGCAGCAACAGCAACAGAUCAUCCUUCAUGGUGCCAGUGCAAAUACGACCGGAACUGUUCACCACCGGUACGUAACGUUAACACCGCAACGAAGUCUUUUGAGGAAGAAACAACAACCGUCGUCAUCGGGUGCAGUUGCAGCUGCCGUCGCCCAACAGCAACAAUCAUCUCCUUUCGACACUAACUUGACUAGCUCAGAAGCACAGCAAGUUUCGGGCGAGCCUAUCGGAGAGGAUAAUAGUAACGGAAGUCAGCAGCAGGCCCGAGGAGUAGUUAUGCGGUCCGAUUAUGAGGCGCAGUAUCAAAAACAGAUGCAGGAGAUGUAUCAAAAGGUGCAAAAAGCCAACAUCCAAUUUAUCUGUGAUUCGAAUGGGCCACCACCAACGCUGUUACCCGCCAACGGUGCACUCUAUAUCGAUAUUACGACACCUGCUCAAGGAGGCAAAGCAACUGAUAGUAAUCUAGUGAUUGCUACGUCAUUGCCAACGACUCUACAGCAGCAACAGUUGAAUCUAACGUCGACCAUUAGCUGCGGCGAAUACGGUAGCAGGAAGUGGCGUACGGUACCAACAACCCAUCUAACCGGACCUUCGGAAGUUUCCCAAAGCACUGCCAUCAGUGAUCGACCGAAAGGUUAAAACCAGUCUCGAAGAAGGAUGCGAAAAAAUAAUAGAAAAUCUGCUGCUGCAGCGGCUGCAGCCGCCGCCGCCGCCGCCGCCACACAUCAACAGCAACAACCGAUUUGGCCAAACGCGAACAGUGUCCUACAACAGAAUCAAAUGGUGUCAAUUUAUAACAACUUGUCUGUGAUUCCAACAUCUGAGCAGAAUGUGCAAGUUCUGCAGCAGUCACUGUCCAACUUGAGUUUGAAUCCAGUUCCCACACCUAAUGCUGGAAAGCAGCAGCCUUCAACAUCCGUUGUAACGCAACAACAUCAACCGAUCAUAGCUAGUACUACUCGCACUAGCGGAUUUGCCGCGCCAACAAAACCUUCAAGCAACAAUAUGGUUCCUACGUCCAACCUGUCCGUUAUUACCAGCGCAGCUGCAGUGACAUCUUUGCCAGCGAAUGUCAUCCAAACGACAAACAACCUGAUUAGUCAGUUAGAUCAGCAAACGGCAGAACUGGCGAUAGCAAAUUCUGGCACGGCGCCUCGACCACUUGCCACCAGUACAGCAACUAGUAGUGCCGCUAGCAGCCAGAGUGGUGCAAGCAGCUCGGGCGUAAGUGGUAGCAGCAGUAGUAGUAGUGGUAGUGGAAGCAGCAGUAGUUCAAGCUCUAGUGGUGGAAGCAGUGGUACUACUACGACCACUAGCAGUAACAACAGUGCAGGAACAGCAGCCAGCGGAGCUGCCGUAGCGGCUACAGGUGGUGGAACUAGCUCGGAACAUGAAAAUCAACUGAACCAGUUGACACUCUGCAAUCAGAAAAUGUUGCAAAAAAUAGCCCAGCGAUUCAUGGUUGAUCCACCUAAAUCACCACCUGAUACUCCACCGUUGACUUGUUCCAAUCCGGAUGGUCCUUCUUCACCACCACCCAGCGGCAAAGGAAUAGUCAACAAUGCCGAACUAGCUGAUCUAUCUCGCAUAUUCUGUGAGGUAAUGCAUGAUUUUCGCCCAGAUCUGUUACCAACACCAGAGUUCGUACAAGUUCAUCAACAUGUUUCGAACAUUAUUCAGCACAAAGCUGGUAGCAAUCAAAUCAAAAUAAGCGAUGGUGAAGGUCACCAUUCCUACGUGGAGGAUGGUGAUGAGCAUUUGCAAAUGUUCAACAUCGACGACUCGGAGAAUGAAACCAUGUCUGAGUGCGUUGGUGGAAUCUAUCCGACACUCGAUGAGUCACUGGAGACCUUCAACCCCGAGGACGGUUCCGUUGUGACAGCCGAUGGUUCACGAGAAACUAUCUACAACUAUGAGUGGGUUGAAUGUAUCGACGAGGUCAUUCACGCUUUGAACGGGUGCACUGAUAUUCCUGUGGCACUCCAGGAAAUGGCAGCAAAUCUUAGCUGUCAGGACAUUGAUGCCUACGCGAAUCUGAUCGGGAUGAAUUCGUUCUGCAAGACUCGUUGGGCUGGUAACCAAAGUCAACUGAACACAUCCGGGACGUCAUCGCCGAUUGAAGAUGACGGUAGUAACAUGAUAGAUGGCUCCGGAGAUCAGUGUGGAUUUCGGCAAGCAACUGCAGUUGGUCAAACUACUGCUGGACAGCUUAUGACAUUUGAUUCCAGCCAACAAAUAUCCCUAGACCAACUGCAGUUGCUCAGUCAGCUACAGGCCACAACAACUGCUUCGGGUGCUACUGUUCUACAUCACCCGGGUGCUGCAGGAGCCCCAGGUGCAACAACCAUCGACGGUCAACAACCUAAAUUUGUGUUCAACGUUGAUGCGGAUAAAGCCUCUCAAGUUCAUUUGCUGUUCCAACUGCCGACGGCUCAACAGCAACAACAACAGCUCCAACUGACACAGGAACAACUUGAACAGCACCAGCUAGCCGGUCAGUGUAACGUAACAUUACAACAAGCAGCUGCAUUGCAACAGGCCCAGUUGCAACAACAAGCUGCGGCAGCUGCUGCGGCAGCCGCUGCUGUACAGCAUCAGCAACAGCCUCAACAAUUUCAGUCACCAAACAUUGUCCAUCCCAGUUCGGUUGUUUUAGCUCAGCAACAACAAGCCCAAUCGGCACAGCAGCUACAGCAAUUGCAUGCCCAAGCCCAGGCAGCACAUUGUACGCAGCAUGCGCAGGUUCAAGUAGCUACCCAAACGCAACAGCCACAAACUGGAGGGUUGCUUAUCCCAAGGCAACAAAGUCCACAAACCAUGGUGGAUACAGCUACUUCUACGGGUGGUAAAGUAUCCUCUAAAAAGAGCGAAAAGUCACGCAAAGAGAAAAAUCGCAUCGCUGGAAUUCGACAGGCACCAGCCGGUCAGCAAGCGGCUACUACCGCAGGCUACCAGUUUGACGCGGCUCCUGCUGUUCAAGCUCCAAUGCAAUAUCCUGCUGCGGGCCCAACAGCAAAUGUCGUUCAGGAGCGUCAAAUUGAUGUGGAUUCUGAAACGGAUUCCAACCACGAUACUGCCCUAACGCUAGCAUGUGCCGGAGGGCACGAAGAGCUGGUUGAGUUGCUUAUAAGCCGGGGAGCAAAUAUCGAGCACAAAGAUAAGAAGGGUUUCACUCCCUUAAUCUUGGCGGCUACUGCUGGCCACGAGAAGGUCGUCGAAACUUUACUACGUCAUGGUGCUGAGAUGGAAGCACAAUCGGAAAGAACUAAAGACACUCCACUAUCGCUUGCCUGUUCAGGUGGACGAUAUGAAGUAGUAGAAUUGUUACUCAAUAUGAACGCUAACCGAGAACAUCGCAAUGUUUCCGAUUACACACCACUUAGUUUAGCCGCUAGUGGUGGAUAUGUGAAUAUUAUCAAAUUAUUGUUGAGUCACGGUGCAGAAAUAAAUUCUCGGACCGGUAGUAAACUUGGAAUUUCUCCUCUUAUGUUAGCCGCCAUGAAUGGCCACACAGCUGCCGUGAAACUUCUUUUAGACAUGGGUUCCGACAUCAACGCUCAGAUAGAAACUAAUCGGAAUACAGCCCUUACUUUGGCGUGUUUCCAAGGUCGACACGAAGUAGUGAGUCUAUUGCUUGACCGCAAGGCCAAUGUAGAGCACAGAGCCAAAACCGGAUUAACGCCAUUAAUGGAAGCUGCUUCUGGUGGUUACAUUGAGGUUGGUCGAGUCCUUCUGGAUAAGGGAGCCGAUGUAAAUGCUGCACCAGUUCCAUCAUCACGUGACACAGCGUUGACUAUAGCGGCGGACAAAGGCCACCUUAAAUUUGUGGAGUUGCUUCUAUCUCGUGGCGCUGCGGUAGAGGUUAAAAAUAAGAAAGGAAAUUCACCUCUUUGGCUAGCAGCGAAUGGUGGUCAUUUGACUGUUGUCGAAGUUCUAUGCAACGAUGGGGCCGAUAUUGAUUCUCAGGACAAUCGAAAAGUUUCAUGUUUGAUGGCCGCCUUCCGUAAAGGUCACACCAAAGUAGUCAAGUGGAUGGUUAAUCACGUCACCCAGUUCCCAUCGGAUCAAGAAAUGACUCGCUACAUCAAUACCAUCAGCGACAAGGAAUUGUUGGAAAAGUGUCACGAUUGUGUUAAAGUGAUUCGAGCGGCAAAAGACCAACAAGCAACCAAGGCGAAUAUAAAUGCAUCAAUAUUGCUUAAGGAGCUGGAUCUGGAACGUAGUCGCGAAGAAAGUCGCAAAGCAGCUGCUGCCAAACGUCGAGAGAGAAAGAAGCGUCGAAAGGCCGAAAAACGAGAACAGCAACGGAAGCUAGUCGAAGGAGAUGGCAGCAGUAAAACAAUCGUCAACAGUGACGAUGAUGAUGAAGGCGAUGACGAUAAAGACGAUGAUGCAGACAGUGAUCGAGAUGAUGAUGAUAUUCCAAAUGUUCCAAUUCAUAACAUUUCGAAUCGCUCCAACGCUUCGAUAGCCAGUGGCAACAGUCGAAUGCAAUCAACACCACGUGAACACCAUCAUCAAAAUUUACCCACUGCCAAUAGCCAUCAGAGCAACAGCACCAAUAACAGUAAUGAUAAAGAAGAAGGUGAUUCCGGAAUCGAUGCAAACAGUCAAGGUUCCUGCUCGAGCUCUGAUGUCAAGGCAUCAACAAUCGAACAACAGAAAAAGAACAAUAAAAAACGCAAACAACAGUUGCAGCAACAACAACAGCAACAGCAAUCGCGAGCACGUUCGGCAAUAACUCCUAAAGUUGCCAAUGCCAAACAACAACAACUGCUUCAGCAAGAACAGCAACAAAAACAACAACAACAACAGCAGCAACCACAUCCGUUCUCUCAGCAAAAUCGACACAGUAAAAGCCCGGAGAGUACUACUUUUACGCCUGUUACUACAAAUAUUACAACGACAAUGGUAGCAUCAAACAAUUCUGUGGUUCAGGAUAAAAACCAACAUCAGAAACAGCAAGAGAAGGAAAAAAUUCUCGUUGUUCCUCAGCGUAAACAACAAACACAACAAUCUAAUCAAAAUGAAACCAAGCGCGAUCACCACGAUAGUAAGCGCGAGAAAACUGUUGAAAAAGAAAACGUAGCUCCGAAAGAAGUUCAUAAGGUCGAACUUGCCAAGAAAGAGAAUUUGCCUCAACAACAACAGCAUCAUUACCAGCAACAGCAAUCUCACCAUUCAAGCAGUCAACAACAACAGCAGCAGCAACAGCAACAGACCCAGUUGAGUAAUCGUAAAUCGAUCAUCGUUUUUGGAUCCAACCGCCAUCCAGUGGAAAAAGAUGAUCACGAUACUAGCGAAUCGACAACUUAUUAUAGUAGUAUCAACAAUAUUCAGAAGAAAAUACACCCCAACAACAACAAAACUACUAGCUAUCACAACAGCUCAGAAGAACAGCAACAACAGCAGCAACUGCAUCAGAAAUCAACUAGUCCGACGAAACAAACAAAUGCCGCUCAAACCAAUUUGUCUAAUGCCUUGCUUCAGGGUGGAUCCAGCAAUAAUGCGAUCAAACGCGAAGAAGGUUGGAAGGAAGUGGUCCGAAAAAGUUCGGUCCAACAGAAUCAAGCCGCACCAAUUGAAUGCAAAAAAGUUCAGGUUCCAGUACACGCGAUUUCAAGAGUCAUCGGACGUGCCGGAAGUAACAUCAAUGCCAUCCGUGCAGCUACAGGGGCACAUAUUGAGGUGGAAAAACAAGGCAAGGUUCAAGGUGAUCGAUCAAUUACAAUCAAGGGUUCUUUGGAGGCUACAAAACAGGCACACUUACUUAUUGCCACAUUAAUCAAGGAUCCAGAUGUAGACAUUUUACAAAUGUUACCGAAAAACAAUGCUACAAAGAACGCUCCUCCUGUUCCUACGGUGCCUCCGAUGUCCAGUUCUUCGCUUGGAAGUACCAUAAUUCUGCCAGGAUUCAAUGCCCCGACGAUUCCCUCACUUGGGAAUGUAACCAUGACUUCGGGAUUAUCGAAGGGAAAGAACGUUUUCGUGGCAUCUAAUCAAAACAAAUCGAUUUCAGCUUCGGCCGUUCUUGCAGCUGCAACAGGAAAAGCAAAUACGAUCGGAGGUCUACUACAAAGGCCACCUGUAGCGAAAAAUCUAUUUACAAGUGCUGGAACUAGUGGUGCACACGCAUCUAGGGUUAUAUCUUCAAACAACGCUCCUUCAAUUUCAGGAAGCGGCUUGAACAAAGACAGUAAACGACCUGCUAUUCAAGUGCCGACAAGCGCCCUUUCGAAAAAUGUUACUUCAGCUUCUAACAACAAUAUGAUACAGUUGAAGAACGCCAUCAAACCUCACGGUAACAACUACAUACCCUCAGGUUCUUUCGCCAAACUUGUUGCUGACAGUACAGUAGGCGCACCACCGAUUGGAACCAUUGGUCAGACUUCGGCUGCGAAUGUUGUUCGAAAACCUACCAAUCAACAACAAUCGCCAGGUUCGAUAAAUAAUCUAGUGAGCCAAACAGCAACUUCCGGUUCUACGAGCAUCGCUUCGUCAGCAGCAACAGCUAGCGCUUCCGCUCCAAUAAGGCCACCGGUUUCGAUUCUGCAAUCUCCAGCUAAAGGACUGCCGGCACCAUUUGGCAAUUCUAACACGUCCACUAGUUGUGCACCAGUAACCAGUAUGUCGUUACCUCCACCUGGAUCCACGACCUCUUCAAUGGCUAAUAACAAUCAAUCAGCAGCACCAACAUCAGCCACACAAUCCCACACAUCAUCAACGGUCGAUUCAAUGUGCAACACUAAAGCAUUCAUGUCUUCGUCUCCUGUUAGUGGAGCAGGACCCAGUAUGGUCGACUCUGCAGCAUCUGUCUCAGUGCCCACAGCAGCAUUGGGAAGUGGUUCAGGAAGGUCCAUUACUCCGAUUGGGCAACCACCGGCGCGUGCAAACAUCACUCCUUCUCCAUUGCUUCAAACCACUUCUACAACGUCUACUUCUUCUCAACGGGAUACGAUCAUUCCUAGCAACAGCAACAACAAUCCCAGUAUAAUGAAACUGAACAAUCCAGGAACGAUCGGAAGUGGUUUGCCAACGGCAGUAAUAUCCACCGCAUCCAACGUCUCAAGCUCAACUAUUGCUCAGUUGCACAAGAUUAACAACAACAUGCAUCCGAAUGCGCAGGCGCAUGAAUAUUCUUUGUUUAAUGAUUCCUUUGGUGGUGGCCAGUGGGGAACCUCUAGUACUGGAGCCGGAGUUUCCAGCGGCGGUUCAAAUGUUGUUGGUGCUCAGCACAACCAACAGCAACAGCAUCAACAUCACCACAACCACAGCGGGGGUCCAAAUCAUUUGCCUCAUCACCAUGGGGUAGGAGUUAUUGGGUCCAACGUUCUGGGUGGAGGAUCGGCUGGUAGCUCUGGCGACAGCACACAUAAUGCCGGUGGAAAAUUGAUCUACAGUCAUCCACACGGUGCCGGUUCGUCUUUCAUGGAGAAUGAACCUCCUCUACAGGUUGACGCGUCGAAAGCACCUGGGUAUCGCGGAACUGCUGUAUCUUCUCCAGUAAGUUCUAAAGCAUCGAGUAAUGCAACUACACCACCAGGAGGACCAACAUCUCAACAACAACAACAUCAACAGCAUAUGCUGUCGGGUCCUACGACUAGUAGCGCCAUUACUAGUGGCGUGUCCAACCAACAACAACAGCAAUCACAUGGUUCAAACCAACUACAACAGCAGCAGCAGCAACAGCAACUUCAACAACAAUCCCAAUCAGGACCGUACUCAUCACCCAAUGAGCAAAACAUAAUAAAACCACCUCAAUCGUCCCAAGCCCUACCAAGUGGGCUCGCUGUUCAGCGCCCGAUUCUAAACAAUUCGUCUCAAAUUGGCCCAAUGAAUAUGUUCAAUAUACGAGAUCAUCCACCACCGCUAGUCGGCAACUCGAGGCCUCCACAACAAUCUAUGUUCGAUCCGUUGUCUUCACAAAAUCAACACAUGCUAAACUUCGGUGCCGAUCCUCUGCAGUCAUCAUAUCAAAGUCACAUGGGACUAGCAGCUGGAGCUGGAGGAUUGCCGCCCUUGUCACGAUUAAAUCCAAAGGCAUCGGCAUUUUCCGCCAUUCCACCUUCGCAGAACCAUCAAUCUGCAGCUCCCGGAAGUGGUAAACUGUCAUCAUCCAAACAGUUUGGAAAUAUGUUCCACCCUAACGCCCCUCCUGGCCCCAUCAGCAAAUACCAGAAUCUUCCACCGGGUGGAGGCCCUCAAAUGCCACCAUUCGGUCCAGCACGAGGCAAUCAGUCGCAUGGUCAUGGACCAGCGCCUGGACCUCCAGGACCGCCAGGAAGUGGACGGGGCAAUAGCGGCGGAGCUAAUUGGUUCUCAGAGUUGAGCCAUCUGCCUCGGGACAGUCUGCUUGAAAAUGGUAUUGCUGCAAUGACGCUGGGACGAUCACCAACCAUUUCUCCGAACAACAACAAUAGCAACCAGCCGACAACCAACGGUGCUGCCGGCCUAGUAGUAGGCGGUCCUCCUGGCCCACAAGACGAUGGGCGCAAAAUAUCUCGGGCUAUUGGUUCGGAACGGGCCAGCUGGAAGUACUAUGGAGGAUCUAGUGGUGCUGGAAUCGGUGGUGGAAUUGACGCUGAUCCAAAUGCCCUCGCAGCCGCUGCUGCAGCGGCCGCAGCUGGAGCACCACACUGGAUGGUGGACAAAACUCUAGCCGCCGCCAUGGGAAGUAGCGGAGGUGGACCUCAGCAAUGGAUGGGACCACCGCCGAGACAUUUCAUGGACGAUCUGCAUCUAACGGAUCAUUUCCAGCCACUCCAGAUGGAGUAUCACAAUACCUUGGGCGGGAGCAAUGGUGGGGGUGGUGGCAGCGGUCCCAAUCAACCUAACAUGAAUUUCAUGCAAUCGUUGCAAUACCAGUUCAUGCCUGGUGGUGGACCCAACGAUAUGAUUGGAGACGGAUCGUUGCAACAACCAUGGGAUCACGAGAAGCAUGGUUGGCCGGCUAAGUGGAGUGGUCACUGAAGGAAUACGCCGUAAAUAAUGAAAGUUAAUUCUUUUGUUAUUCGUUUUCGUGUCGAGUUUCGGUAGAACUUUUAUUACAAUGCACUAAUAACCGACAUAAUAACCCCCUCUCUCCUGUAGAAAAUGCACAUACAUGGAUCUCGUCCAUGGCAUUGUGUGGAGAAUAUUUAUUGGACACACAAAUAUGGGAAACUACAACAUUUUUCCUUCUUUUAACUAUAAUUGGAACAAACUAAAAAAAAGCUCUGGAAUUUUGCUGAAGGUUUGGUAAAAUCUUUCGAACAAAAGUGGUUACCGUAAAAGGCAAACGGAUUGAUAGAGCAGAAAUAUCGAAUGUAUCAUCCUUAAUGUUAGUUUCCAGUUCUUACUCCAGGAUAUAAGCGUGCACCAAGCGCAUUUUGUGUUACACCUUUUUGUAUAAAAAGAAGGAAAUGAAUUUUCUUUGUUUUAUAUCCCUGCUUUAUAUAUAACUACACUUAGAAUUUCUGUUUGAAAUAUCUAAAUAUUUGUUUUUUUUUCUUGCAUAAACAUUGAGCGUGGUACAGAAUAAACUAAAACAGAUUUCUUAUAAUUUACUUGAUUCGGUUUACGCUAUACUUUUUCUUUUCUCAUUAUUAUGAGUUCCAUAAUGUUGAAAAUGCAUGCUGAAUUAAGGAUAGCAUGAAUAUCGUACUACUGAAAUUUGAUCUAAUCUAUCUCAUGAACACGCUGAUUCAAAAACAAAUAAAACUUGAAAGAAUACAUGAAAAUCGCAAUCUAAACGUAUUUUAAACUGAAUCGCCAAAACAAAGUAAACGCUAACGCAAAGUGAAAUCUACUUAAAUCUACUCGAUUUUAUCCCCAAAAAUAAAAGAAAACCCAGCAAAAAUCGCUUCUGAGGAAAUAAAACACGCAAAUCAACCAAAAUCAUGUAUAACCGAAAAUAACUGUAUUUUUGCUUGUUUGGACUUUUUUUUCGUCAAAACACCUACACAACUUGGAUUUUCUCAAUUAAACAGAAAAAUGCAUUCAAAACACUGAACUUGUUAUUUGCAAAUAAAAGAAUUUGAAAAAGAGACAUGAGCAUAGACACCGUUUUUAUGGAGAAAUUCUUUACCGUAGUAAAUUUUAUCAAAUGCUUGACACAGUGACAUCAAACGCGAAGAAAAUGUUCUACCACACAACACAAUAUUACUGCUACUAUUGAAAUUUCUGCUGCCAGAGGGUGUUAUUCGCUAACGGAGAGAUUGUUGGGAUUGGUUUGAUCCGGAGUAAGUUUUGUUUUUCGAAAGGUCGAUAGGUGACGGAUAACAAACAACCACAAAAAAAAACAAUACUAUCUAUCAAUAACCUAAUCUGCUAUUGAAAUAAAUAAAAAAAAAGCUAAACAGAAUUGCUGGAAAAAGAAACUUAGUAGGUAACUUACGAGAGAUGAACGCAAGCAUGUUGGUAGUUUAUUGAACAAUAAAAUGGCUUAGGAAAAUAUUAACAAAAACAUAUAUAAUCAGUCAAGAAAAAAUGCAAAAGCGGUGAUUGAAAUAAAAAAAAUGCGAUAAAAAAAAUAAUUUACAACUCGCGCUUCAAAAUGGAAUCUUACGUUUUUAUUAUUCUGGUUUUUGAAUGGUUUGUUAGACAUUAUGCAACAGCAAAUUAAACAAUAUUAGAUCCACAACUCAAAAAAAAAAUAACCGUCAAAAUGACAUGCAGAACGGAGCGAGCGGAUGUGAAUAAAAUAAAGUGGCUGAAAAAAGUAGUGUAGCAUGCUACAGCUUCCUCGUUAUAAAAAGAAUCCCAUUGGAGUACUUCACUUGCACUUAAUAGCCAAUUUUUCUCUCGAUGAGGAGGAACAAAAUGGAUGAGUGUGACUUCAGCAUUUGAUUGGGCCGAAAUGUUCCAGCCACACUACGAUUUUUGCUAUCCGUGAGAGAAUCGGCUAUCGAACUGUUCGAGACAAGCGUGUCGAUUCGAUUCUUGAUUAUUAAUUGCUACGAAUUUCAUUGAUACGAAAACCUUAAAGAUGCAUAAUUAAUUCGCGUAGCAAAGCAAAGCGCAAACACGCAAGUUGUUUGUUCAGAGACCGUAUAUGCAGUAAACUACUAAACUUACAUAACAGAAAACAUAUACGAAUAAAAAAAGUAAAAGAACAACAUGCUGCUGCUGGAAAGAAUAAUAUAACCGAAAAAAGGAAACUCAAACACGCGCUAAAUGACGAAAAACAAGCUAAAGCAGAUUGAAAUCUGACGACCAACGGUUGUUAGCAAUUGAUGAAAACAAAAUUGAAGAAAAAACGUGUAGGAAUCGCGUAAAAUCUUUAGAAUUACAACAAGAAAGUAAUAAACAAAAAGUAUGAUAACAGUUGCAUUAGCAUAUGAUAAAGGAAACAAAAAAAUAUAUAUGAUGAUAAAAAACACUUGAUGACGAUGAUGAAAAACAUUGAAAAUGAUUCAAAAGAAAUUAAACAUUUACUGAUUAAUGAUUACUGAUGGAUUAUUGAUUAACUAAUUAAUGAUUAUUAUUAUUAUUAUAUAUUAUUAUUCUAUAAAUUAUAUAUUAUAUUUGGAAAAUAACCAUAUAAAAUGAAAUGGAAAUAUAAAUAAUGAAGGAAAA